AUGGUGGGCUUGAGGAUGGACAUCAGCAUGCUCCUGGAGCCUCUGGGCUUUGUGAAGGUCCUUGAAUGGGUUUUUGCCAUCUUUGUUUUUGCCACAUGUGGAGGCUUUCGAGGUGAAACUGCUCUUCUAGUUUCCUGUGAAGGUGUGGUAAACAAAACAGUUACAGCUGCUUUUACUUAUCCAUUCAGGUUGAAUACUGUUGUAUUUAGUGCACCAGACCCAAAAGGCUGUGGUGGUACUUGGACUGAUGUCUACCUCAUGGGUGACUUCUCCUCCUCUGCACACUUCUUUGUUACCCUGGCAGCAUUGGUGUUCCUCUACUGUGUUACUGCCCUUGUGGUGUAUAUUGGAUAUAACCAUGUGUAUCAGCAAAAUAACAAGUUUCCACUAACUGACUUGGCAAUCAGUGUCUUGAUAGCCUUCCUGUGGCUGGUCAGUACGUUUGUUUGGGCAAAGGCGCUUGCUGACAUCAAGGUGGCCACAGGAGCCAGCAUUGUUCCAGGAAUUGAAUCUUGCAAAGCACCAGGAACAACUUGCCAUUUUCUUUCUGUGACCAGCAUGGGAAUUCUGAAUGUGUCUGUGGUGUUUGGCUUGCUUAAUAUGAUUUUAUGGGCAGGAAAUGUUUGGCUUGUAUACAAGGACACCAACUUACACAGCCAAUGGAACAGAAUUUCUGAAAGUCCAACUGAAAGGGUAUAAGAACAAGUUGGUAUUUUGAAGUGCUUCCACUUUCAUGUCACACAACGAAGAGCAUGGAGCCACAAGGAUUCAUUUCAGUAAUGACUGAGUAUUCGAACUUGUAUACAAACUUCUACUUUGUGCUGUGGUUUGAUGGAAGGUCUUAGGUAGUCCAACUGAAGUGUUUAAUCAUCAUGCAAUAUAUUGUGUCUUUCAAGGCUGUGCAGCAUUGUAUUACAGUUUUUGAAGAGCAAAAUGAAGAGGUUAUCUGGAUGUUGACCCUUUCUGGUUCUUAAAUUAGCCUUAUAAGGAGGCAAGGCUGAGGAGCAGCUCUACCUGGGUUAUUACUGCUUCAUGUUUAGUUCUGCCACGUCUUCUCUGAAAAAUGGGAAAGUAAAUUCACCCAGACCAGGUAAAAAUGUAGUUCAAUUUCUUCCUGCCAUUGAUACCUUGCAGAAGUCACCUGAGUAGAAUUCAUGGCUCUGUCAAAGUUGCAGCCAAGAUGUGUAGGUUUUCAGACAGUCCUUUCAGAUCUGCUGCUGAGCCUGUCAGGAAGGACAUUACUUCUAUAUUUAAUGUCUUGUUACUGUUUAACAGCUUGAGGACAAUAUCUGAACAAGGCAAUUUGUUGAAUGAGUUCAUAGCUUCAAGUCUCACUAAUAUGAGAAUUUCUAUAUGGGUGCAAUAGAUUAUUUUUCCUCCCUCACCUCCUUCAAGUGUUUAAAUCAAGUAUGGCCCAAAACACUUACAAAUACUGUAGAAAUCAAAGUUGAUAUGGUCUGCUACUGCUUGGGCAUCUCUCUAUUACUUUUGAGGUGCAUGAACAAAGUUUGUUCAUGAAAGGAUGGAAGGGGAGAUGUCUGAAUAUGACAAAUUCUUCAUUGAUGUUCAGCUCAUUCAUUGGAAAUGGUAUUUGGGUCUUCUCGUGUGGGCUUCUUUAUUAAGGUGUCUGACUCCCUGUGAAUUGCCCAGAAAGAAUGCUUCAACAAACUUAAUACAAAGGCUGUUCAGUUCUUUUUGGUUUGUUCAAACUGUUUGUGGUAAAAACAGACAUAGUGGUGUGUAUAUAAUGCAAAUUGUAAUUGUUUGGUGUGCCAGAGCUAUUGACCUUCUGAUAGUGAACUGUAGUGUCAAAGAGUGUAAUAAAGUCAGUGUGACUGCUGCUGAA